AUGAAGUCUGCCGUAUUCUCCAGCGCAGCCGCCCUGUUCUUCGCCGCAAUCGCGUGCUCCGCACCACUGUCCGUGCGCGACUCCUCCGUGAUCAUCACAAUCAAGACCGGCGACGGCGACUCGGCCACCACGCUUUCAGUGCCCCUGGACCAUAUCACCAUUACCUCGGGGCAAUCAAGCCAAGCUGUGGCUGCGUCUGUCUCCGACAGCGGCGUCUUCUGCCAGGCGUUCUCUGAUGCAGGCGCUGCUCAUGCCACUGGGCCCGUCUUCUCGGCCGGCCACGCUGCAAGCUACAGCGCGACAAGCAGUGGCGGCACGGAGUCCGUGUCCAGUGACGCCGUCGACAUCGGGUCGUUUCUCUGCUCUAACUCCCAGGCUGGAGUUGCGCCCUCAUCGUCCUCGUCUUCUUCCAGCGCCGGCACCUCUGCUACCCCUUCCUCCUCAGCCACUGUCCGCGUGCAACUAGAGCAAGUCUCCGACCAAUUUGUGCAGACCGAGAUACCGCUCGACACCCUGAUCGCCACCGGCAGCACCAACUUGGGCAGCCGGGGUCUGGACCUGUCGCUUGUCACCGCCGACGGCAUCGACGUGAACCAAGUCGCGUGCCAGGUUUUCGCUGACGCCGCGGGCCAGAAACCCAUUGGCGUUGCCGCAACUGCCACUGCGAACUCGGUCUUGACUGCUGACAGGAGUGAACCGGCUGUCGUCGCUGCUAUUCAGUGCAGCGGCUUCGCCUAA